AUGUCUUCAGGAUCCUCUAGAAACAAGCCGAGGCGACUCUCUUACGAUCCACUCAGGCGUUCAGCCCUCGCUUGCAAUCGUUGUCGAGGACGAAAGACAAAAUGCACUGGGACGCCUCCUCAUCCAUGCUCAGCAUGCCUUGACGUAGGAUCAGAAUGUGUGUACACCGAGACCGAAAGACGAAUUAAUGUUCCUGAAAGCUACCUGUUAGAUCUUCAACGCAGGGCCAAAGAGAAACCUGAAGAAUGUAUCAAAUCUGGGCCCAGCACCGUUGAUUCACCAUCAAACGUUGACGAAGAGGAAUCAAAUCAAGAUGAUGACUGGUGGUACAAAGGGAUGGACAAUCUCUGGUUGACCCGGUCAGGAGAGCAUCACUAUGUUGGCAGCGGUUCAUCGACCUAUCUCGCCCAGAGAUUGAAUCCUGCUGAGGCUAGCCUUGCUUGGGACAGCGAUCCCAUGUACAAAGAUCCUUCAUCCUUGAAGCGGCCUCCUGCUCCCUUUCUCCCACAACUACCCCCUUUCGACUUCGCCAAAAGGCUGUAUACUGUGCAGAAUGCGUUCAUCGGAGGCAUUUUCCACUUUUGUCCGCCGAGUGAAUUUGAAGCUCGGUUGCGUCAAGCUUACGACCAUCCACCGAACAUUGAGAACCGGGAGGACACCCUGAAUUACACUUUGGUGCUCCUUCUCCUUUGCUAUGGUUCAAUGUACAGUGUCAAUCAAUGGGCUGGAAGUGAUGGACCUCCUGGUUUCAAUUUCUUCCGUCACGCACUGUUCCUUCUUCCCGAGAUUCACCAAGAAGGUUCUGUUCUCUUUGUACAAGUGCUCGGGCUUAUAGCCCCAUACUUCCAAAAUCUAAACAGGAAGGAUGCAGCUUUCCUUUAUAUCGGACUGGCAAUCCGCAUGGCAAUCUCUCUAGGUCUACAUCAAGAGGUUGCAGACCCAGCGAUGGGCACAACUGAACGCGAGAUCCGGCGACGGGUGUGGUGGUCAGUUUACAGUAUGGACCGAAUCAUAUCUGUGAAGUCGGGACAGCCUAUCAGCAUCCAUGAUGAGGACAUCGACGUUGCAUGGCCAAGCUUUCUGGUGGGACUUGACCACCAUCAGUCUAGUAGCAGAAUCUUAUCCCAGUACACUCGAUUGUCGCGCAUUCUUGGAAGAAUUGGUGGAGAAAUAUAUCGAAAGAAACACCGGCCGGGGACAAGUCUUCUGCACUCUGUUCAGAGUAUCAUGACGGAUCUAUCAAACUGGCUCAAGGAUGUACCGGCAGAAAUCUCGACAUCGUCCAUGUUUCGUGAAAGUGUGUCUACUUUCCUCCAUUAUUAUCAUUGCGUUACAAUGACAACACGGCCAUUCCUUUUAUUCGUGGCCCAGAAACGACUUGAGGACCUAGCCAAUAACACGGCUCCAAUGGAUUGGCGUGAGGGUCUUUCAGGAAAUAUUGUCAUGAUUAUUGAGAAUGCGAUUGCUGCUGCCCGAGCUAGUGCCAUGACCAUGAACAUGGCAAUGAGUCAAAAUCAAUGGGCAACAUAUGGCUUUAUGGAUGGUGAACACGCAUUCUCCACAUCUCUGACCUUGGUCUUGGUCAACGUUGCAUUUCCUUAUAAUGAGAGAGAUGCAUCAGGAAUGGACGUGGCGUUGUCAGUCCUACGAGGUAUGGCAGAGAAAGGGAACGAGUAUAUUCAGGCUCGAUUGAAGCUACUUAUGGGGCUUCGAGCAUCGAUGGGACGGCAACACGUGAUUCCUGCAGCAGAAGCUAUACCAAUACCUGCCCAGAUGUCCGUUGCAUCAGCCACUAUGACAAGCCUACACGCACGACAAGCACCUCUUGUGCCAUUUGAGACUCUUGAACAGCCACCAAAUAACAUGUCCUAUCCGCAAAAUACAUUCCAACCAUUCCAAGAUAUCUCCUUCAAUUUUGACAUUGAUGAUAAAGACGGGUUGUGGGAUGAAAUAUCCGGAAAUUUCGACAUCGACAUGGAUACUGGUUGGAUUGAAACUGCUCUCCGGAAAGAUCAUGAUGGUUCCUUUCCAUAA